GGUUAGUGAUGUACUAGUAACGAAUUGUAAAUGUUGUAGUGGGUUUACUCUCCAACACACACCCGGUUAGUGCUGAACUCGUAACGAAUUGGCACGUGUUGUGUUACGUGACAAACCUCAGGUUGUUUGCCGGCUUGACGGCACAUUCACGAGGUCUAACCUGUGACAAAUAUCACGGAUAAUAUUGGUCGCGAAAGCCCGAACGCUUUCAACUACCUCGCGAGAUGACGGCGGAGAUACAGACAGGACAGAGAUGAGAGAGAGAGAGAUGAGAGAGAGAGAUCCACCCGUGUAUUUAACGUGAAUUGUAUCCCAAUUAUCGUCUAAGAUUUCAAUCGUUGUUUUUUUCUUGAUUCGAAUAGGUGACUCGCCCUUCGACCGCAGUAACCCAUGGUCAAAACCUCUGCCUCGUUGUAAUUCCCAAGCGGCGUGCCGACAGACAAUGGGACUGGGUAAUAAUAGCCCUCCGCGCAAGAUUAAAUGAAAAAGACAUCAAUCACCCACGAUGCUGACAGGUAUAGGCAGACAAGCCCCUUCUUAUAUAAAGCGAUGCCCGGGCAGACGCUCUCGAGCAGAGGGUGUGAAGAUUCGUUCCAGAUCGUCUUUCAGAGCAUGCAGAUCAAGCAGAGCAUGGGCAGUGCGGCGACGGUGCUGCUGGUGCUGGCGCUGGCGCUGGCGCUGGCUCCCGUGCCGGGCACGGAGGGCGCUCCGGCCAGCACGGUGAGCGACUGGAAGUCGCUCAACACCUCCCAGGCGUCCGUGCAGAAGGCCAUCGUGGACCUGCACAAUCAACUUCGCCGCAGCGUGAGCCCCGCGGCCAGCAACAUGCUCCAGAUGGUGUGGAACAAAGAGGCUGCCAAUAACAGCGCAGUGUGGGCCAAGUCGUGCUCCUUCAACCACAGCCCCACCGCCAACCGCAAGACCUCGGCCUUCACCUGCGGCGAGAACUUGUUCAUCUCGAGCGCGCCCUUCACCUGGGACUACGCGGUGCGUGACUGGCACAGCGAAGUGGUCAGCCCCGGCUUCGAGUUCGGCAAGGGAGCCAAGGGGCCCGGCAUGAUCGGCCACUACACUCAGGUGGUGUGGUACAGCUCCUACCAGGUGGGCUGCGCCGUCAACUACUGUGGGGACUCCGCCAAGUACCUCUACGUGUGCCACUACUGCCCGGCCGGCAACCUGAACACUCGGCUCACGCGCCCCUACGACAACGGCCCGGCUUGCAAUUCCUGUCCCAAGAACUGCACCAACAAGCUGUGUAGCAACGCGUGCCCCUUCGCCGACUCCUACGCCAACUGCGCGCAGAUGAAGAGCGCCCUGGGCUGCGGCGACACCCCGUACGGGCGCGUCGUGCGCGCCGCCUGCCCGGCCUCCUGCCAGUGCGCCGACAAAAUCUACUGAGGUCCUUCGACGACCGGGCCCACAAUCAGCGAUCCACCGUGGGAUGGCGGAGGGUGGGGGAUGGGGGGAAGAGUCCCUCCCCCACCCUCCUCCCCUCCUCUCUCCGCCAGACGCCGCUCCGCUCGGCUGACCGCCUCUCUAAUCAUUAUUGAAAUUAAAAUUUGUUGAAUGUCACCCCGGUUCUGAACAUCCUGGCUCCGCCCGUGUUUAGACCCCGCGUCUAAAUAUCACAAUAGAGAAUUCGAAUCGACGUUUAGUGAAAUGUACCAGGCGGAGAGCAGAGGCCCUCAUCCAACGGUGGAUGGACCAUGGCUAAGACUGACCACGACGAUGAAUCCAAACUAUAAUAUAAAAGCAAAUACUCUUAUCUAUCGCUCUAUCGUCUCUAUCAUCUCUCUAUCUCUCUGUCUCUCUAUCUCUCUGUCUGUCUCUCUAUCUCUCUGUCUGUCUCUCUAUCUCUCUGUCUAUCUCUCUCUGUCUA